GCCGAUGGGGGUAAGCUGAUGGGCGCUGGCCUAUACAAGACCGUGCGGAGGGUCUUGGACAGGAGCGGGUGGUAUUACAUGGCCACAGAGUGCCUUCAGUGCCCCUCCUGCGGCAAGAAGGUGGCGGGCUGGUCGCAGGACAUCCUGGAGCAGCUGGACGUUGCUCACCGCGAGGAAUUCCCGGCCGUUCUGACCUACAAGUUGUCCUGCGACAGAGCGGUGAUAGCGAUGCUCAAGGAGCGCACCUUGGGCAACGGCGUCUCUCGCCUCCGUGCCUCCCUGGUGGAGCAGCACUCCAGGGACUGGAUGCAGCGCUCCAUCGCCUACCUGUCGGUGCUCCGCAAGCUGAGGGGACCCGGAGCGGCCCGGAAGGACGACGUGUCCCUGCCGACCUUCGUCAAGGUGCCCGGGCUCACCUGGUUUGGUCGGGUGUACGUGCUGGAGGCCGUGACCAGGCUGGACGAGACCAAGGCCAGGGUGACGUCGAUCUUCGGCGACAUCCUAAAGAUGGACUCCACCAAGAAGAUCGCCAAAAAGCUCGCGGGCGCCGCCGCCGGGUCUGCCGCCUGGAUGACCAACGUUGGCAACGAGUACGGGCAGGUGCUCGUGUCCGUUCUCACCUCGGCCGAGGGGGAGGGACUGACCAACAUGGCGGCCGGCCUGAUGCGGCGGUACCGCGAAGCCGGGAAGGCCCCUCCGAGGGUCCUGUAUGUGGACCGGGACUGCUGUGCCGCCGUGGGCAAUUCUGCCACGCACGGCAUGUACCACGAGUGGCAGGAGCUGGUGGUGCGGCUGGACGUGUGGCACCUCAUGCGGCGCUUCGCGAGGGGCGUCACCACCGACAGCCACCAGCUCUAUGGACUCUUCAUGGCCAGGCUGUCCUUCGCCAUCUUCGAGUGGGACGGCGAGGACGUGCGGCGCCUGAAGGAGGCCAAGCAGUCCUCGGAGGGGAGGGACGCCCAGGUCACGCUGUCCGCCAAGGAGCUGGCUCGCCACUGUCGCCGCCGUACGAGGGGUGCGGCGGAGACGGAGCGGCUCAUCCAGGAGGUGCUGGACGCCUUCUGGCAUGUGACGGACACCAUGGGCGUCCCUUUGAUCGACCGCGCCCGCAUGGAGGACAUCUGGGGCACGCAGCGCCGCCACCUCGACUGCGUCCAGGACCCAGAGGGGGUGGAGCUGUACACCAAGACGGGAGAGAUCACCAAGGGUGGUGUGAGGCUCCCCGUCUUCCGGUGCGCUCGCGGCUCCACCUCCCUCGAGUCCUUCCACCUGCACCAGUGCCGCUUCGUUCCGGGUACCACCUCGAGUGACGUCCACUAUCAGGUGUACCUGCUGGAGGGCCUGGCUCGGUGGAACGAGGACCGCGGCAGGGCGGCAGUCGAGGGAGGACCGCGAGCGGCGCUGCGGUGCUACAGCGCCCGGCUGCAGCACAGCUUUAACGAGCUGGCCUCUGAGGUCAACGGGGUCCAGCCGGUCGACGACUUCACCCAGCCCAGAGAGUACACAGGGGAACUCUUGGGGGUGGAGUACCUCUACUCCCAGUCGGGCGCUGUGCUGCAGCCGGAUCCCGACCCUCUGGAUGGGGCCGAGGAGGAGGAAGAGGCCGCCGCCGAUGACGGCUUCGAGGAGGUGGAGGAGCAGCCGGAGGAGGAGCCAGAGGAGAUCCGUCUCCUGGCACACCACAGCGCCCUGCUCCAGGAGCCCUGCGGUGUGCUCCAGGUCGAUGCCACCUUGGAAUCGCCCCUUUCCGAGGUGGAGGAGCAGGAGGAGGAGGAGGAGAAAGUGAGUGGCAGUCGCCUGUCCACAUUUCAUAUCGGCCGCGGUGUUUGCGUGCGGCGUCUCAUCGUGUGCCGUGUGUGCGUUUUCUUUCAGGACGUCGUCGGGCCGGACGGUCAGCCCGGGUACCACCACGCGGUGGCCCUGGCCCACGGCCUCGUGGAGCUGCGUCACCACGCCUUCGUCACCGCCCGUCAGACCAGAGGCAUCAUCGCUCUCUGGGAGAGGCUGACGGAGCGGGACAAGGCGCCGGUGACCUUCACCCCCCGCCACCAGGACCGGCUGGCUAAAGGUCGGUUCAAGACCAGCAACCGCCACGCCCACAUCCCGGGAGUGGACAGUGUGAAGCGUGUCGUCGUGGGUAAGGGUGCAGGAGCGGCACAGUACCCAAACCUCAGCAGGGUCGUCGAGGCCAUCAUGUUGGAGCUGUGCCGCGUCCACAGCAGCGACGCCAAGACCAUCGCCGGGGCACGCCUCAACCGCUGGGGUGCCGUCAUGAGGGAUUACAAAUUGAUCCAGGACAACGUGGUCAACUGUCCUGCCCUCAUGGCGAGCACCCGCAUCAUGCUAUACGACGUGAACCAGCGGACCCAGUCCAUGUGGCAAAACACCAGGGAAAAACACAUGAUGAGGGACACCCUCUCCCUCGCAGUCCCGGGGCCCAGCGCUCCCCAGACUGCAGCGGAGCCCCUGUCGGCCCCACGGACUCUGCUGCAGCAGCCCCAGCAGCCAGACCAGCCCCUCCAGCACCACCUGCCCGCGGAUGCCUCUGGUCUGGCGGCAACAAUCAGAGGGCCGCUGGCCCCGGAGCUCUACGACCUCGUGGUGGAGCAGCAGAGUGCCACCGCCACCCCGGACCUCAGCCCGCUCUCAGCCGCCGCCACCGCUCCAGCCAUUGCCGCUCCGGCCGUCGCCAAUGCUGGAGCCAUGUCCCGCACCACUGCCUGGAGGCACAGGGUCCUGGAGGAGAAGGAGCGUCGUGCCUGGGAGCUAGGGGUCUACCUCAAGCCCCUUAAAAAGGUUUCGGGCUUUACCUGCAAGCGCUGUGGCCAGCACAAGACCAGGGAGAACGGCCACAGCCGCUACAAGCGGGAUACCUUUUGCGCCCGGGCCGACGGGGGAACGGUGGAGCAGUGGCGCCGUGAUCGGCUGGCCAGAGACCGCGAGGCCCCCCCCCCGCCGCCACCCUGACAUUCUCUCUCCC